GAGAUAAGGAACCUUGCCACGCUUCCUAGUUGACAACUACACAUUAUUCAGAGAAAGUUUUAGAUACAUUGAUCGCAAUGACUCCUCAACUAAAUCAUCAUCAUUUUCUACCCACAACCUAACCUAACUCCAUUAUUAUUUUUUUCUUCAUGAUCAAGAAUCACUCUUACCAAACACCCCCUUUUCAAUAAUAUUCACACUUUCUUUUCUUCUUUUGAUCUUGUCAAUGGCCAUGAGGCCAAGAAUGCUAUUUCCAACAUUAAGUCAAACAACAAAUUGUCAUGAUGUUUGUGACUCAACCUGUCCUUCUGGGUGCUAUCCAUACCCUAAUAUGGACUAUUACAUGCCACCACCACCACCACUAUCCGCACUAUUACCACAACAACCACCAAUCGAAAGGAGUAACAAAAUUGUUCAGAACAUCUUACCUUAUAUUAUUAUCUCCGUGGCAUUGCUUGCUAGCUUGUUCCUACUCCUCACCUACUACUUAAUCAUCGUAAGGAAUUGCUCGAAUUGGAAUCGUAGAAGAACGCGAGAGGAAGGAGCUAACGAGGAGUUCUUAGACGAAAAUCGAGGUCCAAUUAUUGAUCAUCCAAUUUGGUACAUCAAUACUGUGGGACUUGAACCUUGUUUAAUCAAUUUGAUCACAAUUUUCAAGUACAAAACAGGGGAUAAUUUGAUUGAUGGAACAGAGUGCUCUGUUUGUUUGAAUGAAUUCCAAGAUAAUGAUUCUCUUAGGUUGUUACCUAAAUGUAACCAUGCCUUUCACAUCCAUUGUAUCGAUACAUGGCUUAGAUCACACGUGAAUUGCCCGUUGUGUCGUGCUGCUAUAAUCUCCAACACUGCAGCACCCGUGGGAUCAAUCGUUCCCAUCUCGAGUACUAAUACGAGUCCUAAUGAUGACAUUGGUUCACAAAGAGAUGAAAUUGUACAAGUGAACAACAACACAUACAACAACAAUCAGGCUAGAGAGGGGGAGUUUCAAGAAAACGUGAGGGUAGUGAACGGUGAUCAUGGUGAACUUCAAAAGAAUGAACUUCCUGAAACAUCGAAAAAAGAUGUUGAUGUAUUACAACAAAUGAGAAGGUCAGUCUCAAUGGAUUCUUCAAUUGCUACAAAUAUAGGAAUACAAAUGGUUGUGUUAUCAAAGGGUGAAGGUGAAAAAAGAUGUGUUGAGACAAAAAGAAAUGAGGAAACAAGUUCAAAUUCAAGAAUUCAAAGGGUUAUGGACAGUGCUUCUUCAAUGAAAAGAUCAUUUUCUUAUGGUGGGAGGUCAUUUUUUUCGAAAAGUAAUCGAAAUCACAGUUUAGUACUUCCAUUGUGAAUCCAUUUGAGUUGUUUAAUUGAGGUGAUCUAUAUGAAAUUCCUGAGUACAAAUGCAUAGCAGUAAGAGAAAUGGGAUUUAUCGUAUUGUACAGGUAUGAGAAAAAGUUUAGUUCAUAAAUUAAUGAAAAAAUUACCUAUAUACACAUCUUAUUUUAUUAUAAUAUUUAAAAUUUUCUAUCAUCUAAAAAAAUUUCAAAAAUCCAUCUCGGAUACAUCACUCUUCACUCGUUGAUACAUCUCUAUACCUCUUUCGGAUACAUCCCUCUCAUAUUUGAUACAUACCUUCCCUCUCGGAUACAUUUCUCCCUUAUGUAUCCGGAUGUCUGCUAAUGUAUGUGGAAAUCUGUAUCUGAAAUUUAUAAAUUUUGAGUUUUUUUUGUAAUUUAAAAAUAAAAUAAAAAAAUAAUAUCAUUAACUCUUAUCACUAUAGGAUUUGUCAACAACCUCAA